UGCACAGCUGGAAGAACAUAUAACAUACUUUGAGGAUAGUUUUUUCGAAAACUUUAAGCAGCGUAUCAACAAGUUGCAUCACUUGCGUCACUACGCUCUCUGCAUAAGGAAGAGUGGUUCAAUGAAACAAUACAAUUGCUUUCAAUUUGAACAAACGAACAAAAUAAGCAAGAAUCAAGCGAAUACGUGCAAAAACUUUAAGAAUAUUUGUUCCAGCUUGGGCAAGCGGCAAUGUCAGAGAAUGAUAAUGAACGUGCUUGAUAAGCCAUUCCGCGACAAGCUGACAUUCAACUCUGGAACCCUAGCCUUACGUGAUGACUGCCUCAGUGAACAAUUUCUGUAUCCACAUCUGCAGUUUAUCUGCAAACCAAAAACCGUCACGCUUAAUGGGGUUGAGUUCAGAAUGAACGCGAUACUUGGAUUAAAAAUUCAUGACAACGAGUUCUAUCCGACAUACGGGAUUAUACGAGAAAUCAAUGUCAUCGAUGGAAAAGUUUUCUUCCUAAUUCGAUCCUGUAAAACUGCGACGUAUAAUGAUUUUCUAGAAGCGUACGAGAUAGAAAUCCUAGCCAAAGAUGAUUUUAUGUCUAUUGAAGAAUGCCAUACGCAUUCAAUAUUUUCAUUCUGGUCACCAUACGACAGUCCGAAGAAGUACAUUUCACGGCGAGUGUACAAUCAAGAUUAUUAGUACAAGUAGUUAACAAAUAACUCUGUUGGAACUUUAGAAUAUUUAAUGGCAGUAAUUCUUUUUCAGCUAAGGAAGAGAUCGACAACUUACAAAUGUUUCUAUCACUGAACGAACAUGACUUUACCAGACUCGGACUCACUACAAAAAUGAUCAAAACUAUACAGAAGAUACAAACACAGUACAGAAAUUACGAUGAAACUAAGAGCACGGAAGAAUGGCUUGAGGACACUAUGGUUGACGCUGAUUAUCAUGAACAAGCUGAUGUGUCCAGAAGGGUGAUCAAUGCAAACAAUCCGUAUGAAGGGAUCAUCUUGGAGCAGGUUUGAAACGUAUCAAUAUUAUAUGUGGGUCAUUCAAUCAACGUAUAUUUGUUUCUAUAUAUUCUAGAAAAUCAAUAUUGAUCGGGUAUUUGAUCGAACCGACAACGGAAUAUGCAUCAUGGAACUACUGAAAGAAGGUGGACGACCCAAGGAAACGAUUCGAAGACAAAUCACAGCACUUCUUUGCGAUUGCUUGAAAUCAUUGUAUGGAACGCACGCCAGCAACUUCUACAAAAAUCAGAUCGCCUUGUCACUGGUUGAAACAUAUCCUGCACUGAGUUCGAAGAAUGCCGAGAUUCCACAAUCGCUGUGGUUCCAUCCCCACGGAAGAGGGCUGAACCGUCAUGCUGGCAGUGUAUAUUACAGAAUGGAGAAUGUGGCAAGGCAGUCAGAUGAACGCAUAAUCAAACGCCGAAAACUUGGUGAAUUCAGCCAUACAAAUGAAAUUGAUGCGACUCUUGAACAAGAAGAUGACAAUAUGGAGGACCUUGUGCUUGAAUUGAAGUUCAUUGUUCCAAAUGUUCAAUCUAAGGUGAGAAUUGUUGAACUAUGGGAGAAAACAUUUGCAAGUCGACAACAAAAACGUACAGCGGGGACUUUGGUGGAAUAUUUGAAAGAUUUUCCCGUGAUUGGUGCCUUUAAUGGAGAACUUAUCAAACUGGAAUUUACAAAAAUCAAGCCUGGAGCGAAGUCGUUCACCGAUCACUGGGAAGAAUUACAGAAUAAGAUCCUUAAGCAGUACGCUGAUAUGUUCGUGGAGUUGAAAAACAAAUUCAUCAGAGCGCUGGCAAUAAUCCGUGCUAAAUGCCCAUCACGUGGUGUUAAGCGAAAUAAAAUCAAUGAUGCUACCAAGAAAAAUCCAUUGGCUGGCGUCAUGGAGUGGAUAAGUCCAGAAGAUGAUUUUCCCACUGAUAAGAAUGGCCCGGUAUUGAUUUGCCGAGGAGCGUUCAUGGAGGAUUCAGCAGACUUUGCCGUCUGUUUGGGAUGA